GUGGACGCUCCAUGACUUAAACUCCAUCUUCUCUCCAUGAAAUGUUUAGGUCAGUAUCUUAUUUUUCUUGAAGAGAAAGGAAGAUAUGUCUCCAGUGCACUCAUUUUAAAUAAUAAUUUAUGAACUCUAAGAGAUCUGCAGAAACCAGCCUUGUGAAAUGUAGCUUUUUGGACUCAGAAGUCUGUCUGCCUUACAGCAUCUGCACAUGGUGUGGUCUUAAUAUCUGUAAAACAGAACAGUGAGGAGGCAAGCUAGUGCAAAAAGCAGACAAAUUGAGAAGAAACUUUUGUUUCCAUCUCCUUCUUUUUCUUCUUGCUUUGUGCUGCUGUUGGAAUAAGAAUGGGUCAGCUAUGUGGACGAUGCAUGCAGCUCCUGCGGGACUUCAUAGGCUUUGUUCAGAGGAUGUCCUCUGACUUGGUGCAAGGCAUCAAGGAAUGCUUAACUCUGAUAAGCAAAUGCUCCUGCUUAAAACAAAACAGCUCUAAAAACAGACAACUGUACAAGCCCAUCCUACAGCCUCAUGAAAGAGUGACAGCACAGGAGUUUCUACAGCAUAUUGAAACAGAUUUUGAAAUGUCUCCACUUGGAAAGGACCCUCUGGAAGCCUUGAGGACCCUGUCCUUUUCAGAAAACCCAGGUUUACAGCAGUCGGCUGCCCUCUAUUACUUGCAUAUGAGUCAGCACAUGAACAUCCCCCUACCUGUGGAGCAUCUGGAACCCUUCUAUGCUUUACUAAGUUCUGCUGACCUGGAGGUGCAGCAGAUGUCUUCAUUGUCCCUUGUCAACUUCUUGCUGGAAGGAAAUAUUGACAAAGAAUUAGUUAUCCAAAUGGGUUUACUUGAGCCAAUUCUGGAUCUGCUUGAGUCAGAGGAUCCCACCGUCCAGUGUAAUUCCUGUGCCUGCAUCAUGACUUUGGCUGUUUCAGAGUCCAACCGAGAAGCUAUUGGUGCUGCUAGAGGAAUUACACCCCUACUGUCUCUUGCCAAGUCCUAUGAUCCCAGAGUCCAACAAAAUGCAGUUGGUGCUAUUCUGAACCUCACACAGUCAGAGAAAAUCCAACAAGUCCUAUGCAAGGAAGGAGCCCUACCAGUUCUUGCCUUGUUGCUGGAAUCUCCUGACUCAGAAGUCCAGUAUUACAGCUGUGCUGCCCUGAGCAACCUGGCAGCCAAUGUUCAGCACCACAAAGCCUUGUUGAGACCCAGUGACAGAUUCCUUCUGCGGACACUGAUUUCUCUCCUAUCCUCUUCUGUGGACAAGGUUUCAAGCCAGGCAUGUGUUUGCCUAAGAAAUUUGGCUACCAGUGCAGACAUCCAGGCCGAGAUGGUUGCUGAGAAUGCCCUGCCCAAGCUGUGCUCUCUCCUGGCCUCUGGCAGCGAGGACGUGCGUCGCGCCUCCAUUGCUCUGCUCUGGAUACUCUCCCAGCACCCACCUAACCAGGACACUCUGGCAUGUGCUGAGCUACUGCAGAGCCUGGGGACAUUACUGGCAGCACAUAAAACAGACUCUGUGAUUGUUGGACAUACUGCUUGCAUCAUCAAAAACCUGAGCCUUUCCAAAAACAGACAGAGAAUCACUGAGAGCUGCUGUGUCGAAGGUCUCCUCCGAACCAUGCUUUUGACCGACACUCAGGAAGACUCCCUUCGUUACGUGACAUCCUGCCUUGCUGAGCUAGCAAAGCAAGAAGGAGCCAUGUUACACAUGGUCCAGUGGAUGGAUGAACCUUUGACAAAGCACUUGGUGAGACUGGCUGGCCAACUGGAAUAUCCGGAGCCAUCCUUUCAUGCUGCCUCCAUCAUCCAGCACAUGAUUGGUCACGAAAAAAUGAUGAUUUUGUGGAAGCAUCACAUUGGAGAGAUUCAAGCCUACAUCAAGAAUUUUCUUACCCACCAAGAGGUCCGUUUUCAGCAGCUGGGCAUCUCCACAUUCUGCAGGCUACGAGCAGAUCUAGACUUUUCACUAGCAUUCAGAGAAAGCCAAAUGGCCAAACUCCUUGAGCAAGUCCGUCAACAAACAGAAGAAACUCAAGAGCUCCUUCGGGUAGCUAUGUGCCAUGAAGACAGUUAAUAUUUAAGCCAAAUGGCUUAUGAAAACUUACCAGAUCCAAGGGCCUGAACUUUCAGAGGAAACAACUCUUCCAUUGGUUCCUGUAAUUUUCCUGCUACUUGCAGUUUCGUCAUACAAGGGAGAUGUCCUGAUAACAAGAAUUGGAGCAGGUCAAAACACAAUUCCUUGAACUCUUUGGCUGGCUGCUUAACUGUGCUUGAGGACAUGGCUACUUGUUGAAAAAUACCCACUAUGCUUGGUUAACCUUCCAUGGUUUGUUUUUGGUUUCCUCACCCCCCCUUCAGAAAAACCAGCACUGCAUUAAUGAGGCAUGCAACAGGCUGAGUGCACUCAUGAGGCAUCUCUCAAGUAUGCAGGGGACUCUGCAUUCAUCUUUAUUCUGUUUCUGUUCCAUGUCCUGUAUUUCAGAGCGCACUCCAAGGACUUUGGAAAAUAAUUGAAUGAACCCAUACUAUAAAGGUAGAAAACUACGAACAGGUUACUAUAGAAAGUAACUGCCAAGGGACAAUUCAGAAAGUGCAAGAAUCUGUAAGAAACAAGAAUGGGUGAAGCCUUACAGCUGAUCCUUGUCCACACUAUAGGCACUACUCUCCAGCAGAAGAGCAAAGGCACAUUAAGGCAAGGAAAUGUUGCACAGAGCAAGUACAGAACACAGCAGGAACCAUCAAUGAUUUUGGUGCGAUAUAUUUACGUAUGGAACUGUGUUCUGCAAAUGUUAAAUUAUUUCCAAAGCUACUUGCAACAAGGGAAGAGUGAAAAUAUUUUACAAAAUUAGGAAUUUUUGUUAUAUUUUGAUAUUGAUACCUCAUUUUAAAUGGAGUUAAAGAGCAAUAAAAAGGUAGUCAUGUGUUUAAAUUGAACUCAUCUUCUUCUGUAUCUUCUUCCCAUGGGUGGGCAGAUGCUCAGUCAUCUCCAGGAAAGCUCAGUUCCAUCAUGUGUAAUGGUUACUUGGGAAGACACACACUGUAACUUCAAACAUCCCCCCUUUCCUCUUCCUUCCCCCAGCUUUAUAUGCCCAGCAUGACAAUGUAAGGUGUGGAAUGUC